AUGGCGGGGGCAGGUUCUAAGCAGGACCGGGCGCAGCAGAAGGCCCUUGAGAAGCAAAAGCAGAAGAUCGCGGAAGACAAAACGUUCGGUUUGAAGAACAAGAACAAGUCAAAAUCGGUACAAAAAUUCAUCAAGAGUGUCCAGCAGCAGGUCACCGGGAAACAGACGAGCAACGACAAGCUGCUCACCGAGCAGAACAAGGCCAAGGCCGAGAAGCAGAAGCUCUCUCAGCAGCAAACCCUAUUGGCGUCGCUGUUCAAGGGCACUGAAAACAUCAAGCAUGUCGUCGUCGACGGCAACAAGCCGCUGUACGACCCGAAGCAGAGCCGUGACGACCAGAAGAUCGACCUUUACAGCGAUCCUCGUCUGCAGAAAUCGGAAGAUGGGGACGACAUGUCGACCUGGGAUCUCAACAUGCUUGAGAAGGUCGUCAGCGAGAAGCACGCCGGCGACUCGUGCACGACCGACAUCAUCUGCAAGCACUUCCUGACGGCCGUGGAGACCAAGAAGUACGGGUGGUUCUGGACGUGCCCGAACGGCGGCGACAAGUGCAAGUAUCGCCACUGCCUGCCUCCCGGUUUCGUGCUAAAGAGUGACGUGCCGAAGGAGGUGGAGGACGAAGACGAGACUCUCGAGGAGCGCAUCGAACGCCAGGUACUGUCGUGGGCGCCACACGUAACGUCCGUGCAGCGUGCUGAGCUUCCUCCCGGCGGCGAGAUGGUGACCGCGGAGUCGCUGGCCAGGUGGCGCGCGAGCCGCGAGCAGGGCCGCCUAGACGAGCUCAACGAGACCAUGCAGAAGGGCGGCCAGGUGCACCUCACCGGGAAGGACCUGUUUACGUUCAACCCGAGCCUGUUCAUGGACGACGACAGCGCCGCUGCCGACCUCGACUACGAGGACGAGGAAGACAUCGACGCCAUCAUCCGCGCGAACGAGGCGGCGAUCACCACCGGCAACGUGCUGCCCAACGGCGAGCAGUACCGCCGCGGCGAGGACGAGCUGGACACUGUGGAUAUCAGCAACCUGAGCAUAUAG